AUGGCUGCCAGUUCCGCCGCUCUCGCUUGGAGGUCUGCGGGCUUGAGGGCUCGCGUUGCGUCUCCCCGUUGCAUUCAGCGACCUUCGGUCCUACACAAGCGUGCAGUGCAGCCCCAGGGUACCGUGAGGUACGCCACGGACGCUGCUGCUGCUACAGAGAAUGCUGCCGCCGAGGCUGCUAAGGAGAUCCCAAAGGAGGCCCCAAAGGCUAUGAAAGAGGCUCCCAAGAAGGCGGGUCGCAGGUUUAGAAGAACUGUGCUCGGCACAUCUUUGGCUCUCACUCUCUUUGUUGGAUACGUUUACGGAACAGACACCAGAGCUAGCUUCCACCGCUAUGGCGUGGUUCCUCUCAUUAGAUUGUUGUACCCCGAUGCUGAGGAUGCUCACCAUUUGGGAGUGGAUACUCUGAAGCAACUCUACAAAUUUGGGCUUCACCCCAGAGAGCGGGGUAACCCAGAUGGCGAUGGGGCCCUGACGACUGAGGUCUUCGGGUAUACGCUCUCCAACCCUAUCGGUAUCUCCGGUGGCCUUGACAAGCACGCUGAGAUUCCGGACCCAUUGUUUGCGAUCGGGCCGGCAAUUGUCGAAGUUGGAGGAACGACCCCAUUGCCGCAAGAUGGCAACCCUCGGCCUCGUGUGUUCCGACUUCCCUCCCAGAAGGCCAUGAUCAAUCGCUACGGUCUCAACUCCAAAGGUGCAGACCAUAUGGCCGCCAUCCUGGAACAGCGAGUCCGUGACUUUGCGUAUGCGAACGGCUUUGGCUUGCACGAACUGGCUGAGAAGCGAGUUUUGGAUGGCGAAGCCGACGUUCCCCCGGGAAGUCUUCUGCCCGGAAAGCUCCUCGCCGUUCAAGUCGCCAAGAACAAGACAACACCCGACUCCGACAUCGAAGCCGUCAAAGGAGACUAUGUGUACUGCGUCGACCGCUUGGCCAAGUACGCUGAUAUCCUUGUCGUCAAUGUGUCGAGUCCCAACACCCCCGGUCUGCGCGAUCUCCAGGCAACCGCACCUCUGACUGCCAUCCUAUCCGCUGUCGUCGGAGCAGCAAAGGGCAUUGACCGCAAGACGAAGCCUUUCGUAAUGGUCAAGGUCAGUCCAGACGAAGACUCAGACGAGCAGGUUCAGGGCGUCUGCGACGCAGUCCGCGGCUCAGGAGUCGACGGCAUCAUUGUCGGAAACACCACCAACCAACGCCCCGACCCACUCCCCAAGGGCACCGCACUCCCAGCCAAGGAGCAGACCACAAUCAAGGAAACCGGAGGAUACUCCGGUCCCCAGCUUUUCGACCGCACAGUUGCCCUUGUAGCCCGGUACAGGGCUCAUCUCGACGAAGCCCCCGCCGAGCCCAACUCUGAAGCCGUUGCCGCUAGCAGCCCGCGCAAGGUUCUCUUCGCCUCUGGUGGCAUCACGAACGGCGCCCAGGCCCGCGCCGUGCUGGAUGCCGGUGCCUCUGUGGCUAUGAUGUACACCGGUAUUGUGUAUGGCGGAACUGGCACUGUGACUCGUGUCAAGCAGGAACUGCGCGAGGAAAAGAAGAAGGAGUAA